AUGUAUAUCAAGGCAGAACAGAAACCCCAACACUUUCAGAAGAAUGAGAAGCUAGACAGAGAUAAACACCAAAUCCUACCAGAUCUCGAAACAAAAUUUAAGGGUUGUAUAGUCAAUACAGAAUUAUACAAGAAAGGUCCUAAUACAAGUAAUGAAGAGACUUUGAACUCCUUAAAAUUUUUACAUAAGCCUCAAAGAGUAACUCAAAUGAAAGCUAACAGGUUUCCCGAAGAAGAAGUACAAAGGAACACUGACUUGAAUAAAAGAAUUUUCUCUGCAAACAAUGAUGAGAAUGUUGAGAACGAGGACGGGUGGUCAAGAGGUGGCUUCGCUAACCAUCGUACUGGAGUAGUACCACUAAACAGCAGUGCAAAACCUCCGUUCAAGAUAGAGCUGCCUCCUCUUUCUCCCAAAUCCACCAUACCAAAUUCUUUUCAGGCUGAAUAUUCAGAGGCUAAAUCACCUGGCAAUGAUAUGAAUUUCGAAUACGAUGAAGAAAUUCUUAUUCCAUUUGCACCCCCUGUAUAUAAGAAAUCAGGUGAACUAUUGAAGAGCUCGUUGAAAAGAAGAUCUAAAUCACUACCUACAACUCCGGGUAUAAGGAGUGGGAAUGGUGGCCAAGCAAGAGAUGGUAGCCCAAUGUUGCUUAGAAGCAAAAGUGUUCAUUUUGAUCAAGCUGCGCCCGUAAAGUAUUUUGCUGAGGAUGAAAGUCCCAUAAACGUAAAUAAAACUGAACAACACGAUAAUUGCUUAAGCUUUAAGCACAAGGCAGUGAAUCUAAUGGUAGACCCAGAAGAAGAGGCAAAAAUGCUGUCGUCUGGGCUAGAAACAACGUCCAUAGAUAACGACUUGACAACAGUCGCUCCAAAAAGUUUUACGCAUCCCGCUAAAAAUUCAAAUCCAGGCAAUAGUCGAGACACCAAUACAACCAAAUUAAGGAAAAGUAAAAGAUUUCAGAAUCUCCUCAAAAACAAAAUACCAAAAUCUAAUAAAAGUUCUCUGAACAGUAGCAGUGGCGACGAAGUUUCAGACCGUAGUUCAACAAACUAUUUUGUUGUUGGAUUAUAUAGCAAAAAUUUCCCCAUUUUGAGCAACAAGAACCCCAAAAGUUUAAAGCUGAACAUUUUUAUCAACUUAUCACAAAACAAGAAAGUUUUUUUACAAGAACUAUCAUUAUACAUCCACAGAGGUAAUGAUUCUUUUUUGAACCCUUCUUCCCUUAACAGUAGCCCCAACGGUCGCUAUGGCAAUGAUCGUAACAAUGUUACCAGCGGUUAUAACGCCGGCUGUACAAGAUUAAUUGCGGGAAGAAUAUUAGUGAAAAACAUAUUCUAUGACAAAAGGGUGGUUGUACGAUAUACUUGGAAUGGCUGGAGAACAGCACAUGAAGUGGAAUGUGUUUAUAUCAGCGAUGGAGAUGGAAUAUUACCAGGUACCAAUAUGGACAUUUUUCAUUUCAUCAUCGAUGAUGCCAGCAAAGUCGAUCCCCGCGGCAGGCUAGAAUUUUGUACACAUUACUCUACACGAAAUGACCAUGAGCGCGAAGAGUACUGGGACAACAAUAACGGGAACAAUUAUAAAGUUGAUGUUGUCAUGGAUGGCUUCAAUGAUCCGUUCGCGGCAGUAAGCUAA